CUCUCUCUACUGUAAAAGUAUAUAUGUACUCGACGUUCAGUGUACAUAAAAGCAGUAGCUUAAGCAGGAGAUUCAAUCUCUCAAUCACACACACAACAUUUACAAGACCUCUCUCAUCUCAUCUCUGUUCAUCAUUAUCAAAAGGUGCUUAUCUGGAUUUGCUUGAUCCUAUAUCGAAGAGAAAAAUCUAAUCGGUGAUGUUAGUGAAUAUUUAUCAAGGGUUAAAAGAAGCCUGACUAAUCAAUCAGCUAUACAAACUACAAAAUCAGAUCUUUCGAAAAUGAAGACUCACAGUAGUAAUAAGGAAGAUAUUGAUGUGGAGAAUGGGAGUUUAGAUAAAGAUAGAGAAAAAACGGGGCGAAGUAAAAAAAUACUUACACUACACAAUACGGCCUUAUUAUCGGGCCUCGCAUAUUGUCUUUCCUCAUGCAGUAUGAUACUCGUUAACAAAUGCGUCCUCUCCAGUUACAACUUUAAUGCUGGAAUUUCUUUGAUGCUGUACCAGAAUUUUGUGGCAGUAGUUAUUGUUUCUGCCUUGAAUUUAUUUGGCGUAAUUACCACCGAGCCAUUCACGUGGAGAUUAAUUAAGGUCUGGUUGCCCGUUAACAUUAUUUUCGUGGGGAUGCUAGUCACAAGUAUGUUUAGUCUAAAAUAUAUAAACGUGGCUAUGGUUACUGUCCUGAAGAACGGGACCAAUGUGAUAACCGCUGUCGGUGAAAUGUAUCUAUUCAACAAGCGCCAUGACAACAGCGUUUGGGCAGCUCUUUUUCUAAUGAUAAUAUCAGCAAUAUCAGGAGGAAUUACUGAUCUCUCGUUUCAUGCCGUGGGGUACACAUGGCAGUUUAUAAAUUGCUUUUUGACUGCGUCGUAUUCUUUGACUUUGCGUAGGGUUAUGGAUACAGCCAAACAAGUCACUAAAUCCGGUGAAUUGAACGAGUUUUCGAUGGUCAUGCUAAACAAUACACUUUCGCUACCCCUAGGAAUUUUGCUAGUUUUCGUAUUCAACGAAGUCGAUUAUUUAACACAAACACCGCUAUUGAGAUUGCCCACCUUCUGGCUUGUGAUGACACUUAGUGGAUUCUUGGGUUUGGUUAUCAGCUUCACUUCAAUGUGGUUUCUUCAUCAAACGGGGGCCACUACGUACAGCCUUGUGGGGUCGCUGAACAAGAUACCGCUUUCUGUAGCCGGUAUUCUCGUUUUCAAAGUUCCAACAAGUUUGGAAAAUGCUGCAAGUAUAUUCUUCGGCUUGUUUGCUGGAGUGCUUUUCGCAAGAGCGAAAAUGCGCUGAAAGGAUCUGAAUUUUGAUUGGUUCUUUCACCGGAGGUUGCUGUCGAUUAUUUCAAAAAAAAGGUUGCUGUCGAUUUAAUUUUUUAUUUUCUUCUUUUUUGGGCUUUAAAAGGUGUAUGAGUUGGAAUUUAUUAAAUAUAUAAUAUAAUAUGAUAUUUUUCAUGUUUUGA